UGGCAUCUUGGAUGGUUGCCAUAUAGCUGCCCCUUUCCUUGCCCUUUACAUCCUCAUCGAGUUUUUAGCAAAACUAAUGCUAUUGAUUGUCUGCAAGUUCAGAGCAGGCUUCAGACGCUUUUAGCAAUUGAUGAUUCCUACCCUUUUUACUGA